GCAAAGGCAAAUGGUUGGGGACUGAGCAUGAAAGGAGAAAGCGAGCAAGCCAGAGAGUUUAAGAGGAAAAAGGGAAAGGAAAAAAAGGGGGGAAACAACAACAACAAAAUCCCCCAUACCCCAGCAGUUGGGUUUUGCCAGCAGCCGAUCACAGCUGAUCCCAGAGCGGAGUCUGCCCCUUUUCCCCUAGACCUGCGAUCACCCCUGUUCUCAGGCGGAGGGAGCCACAUCUAAGUUGCAUCUUUGCGUUUCUGCCAACGCUGAGAGAGAUUCUUCCCCCGUCUCAGCUCCCCCGUCUGAUUAGUUGCUGCUGUUCUUCCUAUUUUUUUUUAUUUUGUUUCCUUCUUCCCUUUAUCACUAUUAUUGCUGUUAUUGUUGCUAGUGUUUUCUUUAACAGCCAUUUGGCAUUUUUAACCUAUUUCGUGCAUGUGGCACAGGCAGAGUGAUGCUGAUUUAUUUCUGUCUUUGGCUGAGGUUUCCCUUCCUAGCUGCCUUCCUUCAAUUUUUAAUCCUUCCUUUUUGCCUUCCUACUCUUUUUAUUAAACAAGACUUGAACAUUUUGGUGAAUGGUUUGUAGUGAAGGAUGCAGCCAACAAUUAUUUUCCACUUAAUUUAAGAAAUAUCCAAGCACUCUUCUGUGCACUUCCUUCGCAGUUUUACUUUCCUCCUUUUUCCCCUCUCCUCACCUUCCGCCCCAUAUCCCCAAUAUCGUCCGCCUUCUACUCUCUGCAAUUCUGAGCCCAGAAUUUCUGAAUCGGGGGCUUAGCUUCGCCGGGAUGAGACAGAGCAAUGGAUGAAUUCCACCCCUUCAUUGAAGCUCUCCUUCCUCAUGUCCGUGCCUUUUCCUACACAUGGUUCAACCUGCAAGCUCGGAAGCGAAAGUACUUUAAGAAGCACGAGAAGCGAAUGUCAAAGGAUGAGGAACGCGCCGUGAAGGAUGAAUUACUUGGUGAAAAGCCUGAGAUCAAGCAGAAAUGGGCAUCCCGACUGCUGGCCAAGCUACGCAAGGACAUCCGCCCAGAGUUUCGCGAGGACUUUGUCUUGACCAUCACGGGCAAGAAAGCACCGUGUUGUGUCCUCUCCAAUCCAGAUCAGAAAGGCAAAAUUCGCAGGAUUGACUGCCUGAGGCAGGCUGACAAGGUUUGGAGGCUGGACCUAGUUAUGGUCAUCUUGUUCAAAGGGAUCCCUCUUGAAAGUACUGAUGGGGAGCGGCUAUACAAGUCGCCGCAGUGCUCAAACCCGGGCCUUUGCGUCCAGCCACACCACAUUGGAGUCACAAUUAAAGAACUGGAUCUUUACUUGGCGUAUUUUGUUCACACUCCUGAAUCCGGACAAUCAGACAAUUCAAACCAGCAAGGAGAUGCGGACAUUAAACCACUGCCCAAUGGGCAUUUGACUUUCCAGGACUGUUUUGUGACAUCAGGCGUCUGGAAUGUUACAGAGCUGGUGAGAGUGUCACAGACUCCUGUUGCCACAGCAUCUGGUCCAAACUUCUCUCUGGCUGAUCUGGAGAGUCCCAGUUACUACAACAUCAAUCAAGUGGCUCUUGGUAGACGGUCAAUAACAUCUCCACCCUCUAGCAGUUCCACCAAACGGCCCAAGUCACUAGAUGACAGCGAAAUGGAGAGUCCAGUAGAUGAUGUGUUUUAUCCUGGGACAGGACGGUCCCCAGCAGCUGGCAGCAGCCAGUCCAGCGGUUGGCCCAAUGAUGUGGAUGCAGGACCGGCUUCUUUAAAGAAGUCAGGAAAGCUGGAUUUCUGCAGUGCCCUGUCCUCCCACACCACCUCCCCGAGAAUGGCUUUCACCCACCACCCGCUGCCUGUCCUAGCAGGAGUCAGACCAGGAAGCCCCCGUGCCACAGCGUCGGCCCUGCACUUCCCGUCAACCUCCAUCAUCCAACAGUCCAGCCCUUACUUCACACACCCGACCAUCCGCUACCACCACCACCACGGCCAGGACUCGCUGAAGGAAUUUGUGCAGUUUGUAUGCUCGGAUGGCUCAGGCCAGGGCUCUGGGCAGCCUAACGGUAGCGGCCAGGGCAAAGUCACGGGGUCAUUUUUGCUGCCGCCACCUCCACCUGUGGCCAGACCAGUGCCCCUUCCAAUGCCUGAUACAAAAUCCACCAGCACUAACCCAGAGGGCGGAGCGCCGACACCAACGUCACCCUCAUUCUCAGCGCCAGGCUCCUCCUCCUCUGCCAACCGGUUUGUCGGCAUCGGACCCCGGGACGGCAACUUUCUAAACAUCCCCCAGCAAUCUCAGUCUUGGUUCCUCUGACAGGAUCUUCAAGUGAAGAAAAAUGAUAAUGAUGAUGAUGAUGACGACAAUGAUGAUGAUGAUAAUUUUUCACUCAAGCCCUGCGAAUCAGAAUCUUCAGUCCUUAACCUAUAUCUUCACUGAGCUGCUCCUCUUCAAAGAAAAGUAAGAGACAUUGGGUAACACAGAUGAGAAGCUUAAAAAAAAUCAUGUUGGACCUCCCUGAUCCAAAGCAGAUUUUGCAUUUGCAUAGAAGAGUCUUGUCUUCUCAAGGAAUCUCAUCAACUCACACUGAAGUAACUCUCUGGUUAAAUGAUGUAUAAGAUAGUCCUGGACUGGCCACCCAAACAAUGGUUUGUUUAUUUGUUUGCUUGUUUGUUUAAAAAGGGAUUUCUCUUCAUUCAUCAGGGGAAAGAAUCACUCACUCACAUCAACCAGUCUCAAAUCCCAAAACUGUCUCAAGAUUUAUGAGGGAUUAUGUUUGCUGGGGAAUGAAAAAGAAGACUGUUCCCUAGAGAUUUGUCUAUUACUAGCCUAAAUCCAAGGUGAUUUCUGAAUACACUAAAGGAACUAAGAGCACUUGCCUAAUCAGAGCUUGUUCCUUGGUUGCUUUUAAAAAACACCUGUAAAGACAGGUGGAGACUGCAGGCAAAUCAAGUUUGCUCUCAGUUCCACUCAGUUACUGUGAGUAUAAUUGCAAGGCCAAUUCAGUGUACCAUCGUGGUUCAGAUCUGGAAAUGGUUUUGAUUCAACAUUACUUCUCCCACCAAACAUACGUUCCCUUGUUAACCAAAUUAACAUUGCAUCUCUAUAAAUGAAAACAAAGCAAAAGCAGAAACACUCCUGAAUACCAGAUGCUCAAACAGAAUUCCAUUCCAGAGCAAGGAGUAAACUUCUCUUCCUCCACGCCUUCCUCAGACAUGCAUGUAAACCCAUUUACCCUAGCACCUAAUAUUUUCUCACCUGAUCUUGGUAUCUAGUGCUUCCUUGUAUUCCUUGCUCUGGAUGAACUUUUCCUGCAUCUCAGAAAAAAGUAAUGUCUGGAUUAUAUGGAAAAUAUUUCCAGUCUUACUCUGCAUGAACUGGAAUUCCUUUCCCCUUAGUAACAAGAAAUAUGGGCACUCUUCAGUUCAUGACGACAAGUAAGAUUUGACUGGAAAGUGUUUCUCUUUGAAAAGAAACUCCUUGCUGCUAUUGCAAAUGGACAAAUAUUUAGGAUAGUACAGUAUUCAUUCUUUUAUAAAUAACAAUUAAAAAAAAGAUUAGCAAGACAGCAAAGAGUCAUACUACAGUUACACCCCAAGCUGAUAAUUGGGGCUAGGGUAGCUGGCUCAGACAGGUACGUUUCAGCAGAGUUCCCAGCCUAGUCUAGGCUUCGGCCUUGUGAGAUUGUGGGUGUCUGUUGUUACUAUGGUUUGAUACUUUUCCUGAUCCCUUUUCUCCACUUCAUUUUCGUCCUCCUUGAGUUGUUGCAUUUCCUUUGGCUUCCUCUACAUACAGGUGACACCAGCAAAGAAAUUAAAUUCAAUGGGGUUUUGUUGUUACUGUUAAAACAAACAAAAACAAAGCCUUUAACAGUCUCAGCAGACCACAGCGCAACAAAAUAAAUUGUAUAUAGUUAGAAGUAAUGGAGGCUGCCUAAUGGGUAGCUGUAAGGGUUUGACACUACCAUCUGUACACCAUGUGCAAAUGCACACAUGUGCACCAGAUCAGUCACACAGCUCCACGCACUUUCCUCUUUCCUUGUCUCAUACUACAGCAAAACCUGUGAGAAAAACCAGCAUUCAUUUCUGUUGUGCACCCAUGAGAUAAUCACUCUUGUUUCUUUUUCCAGCAUCUGUGGUAGAAACCUCUCUCUCCUUAGUGGAUGCUGAGUUGCGGGGACAGGGGCUUUGCCAAAUUCUUUGGAGUUUAUCUCCCACCUUCCACUCCAUCGUUCCUGAUAACUAUGCUCACCUCUGCAUGAGGUAUCACUGGUUCUUACUGGAUGACAGUGAAGUUCUAUAUCACAGUAUGGGGCAAGGGUAGGGGUGAGAGAUUGUCUGAUUUGGAAAGGGCCAGAAAGUGUUGCAGGGAACGGGUUACUGUGCAAUUAGUUCAGAGCAAUUGUAUUUAGACUCAUGGCUUGCAAUGCCUGAAGUUGUGUCCCAAAUAAUUAAUUUGAUCUAGAGAAUCUCCUGAAGCCUUUCUACUAUUUGCUACAGUAAUCCCCAGUUGAAUCAUGGAGCAUCCCAAGGAUUUCUGGAGUAGACUUAGUCCAAAAGACCUGCUGGUGAGACCAAGAAUCUGCACCCUUGUCCAAGUGCAAUGAGUUUCCAGUUCCAAAUGGAGAAACAGGGUCAAGGAAGGGAAUCUGAGGGCUGCAGAUUUGCCUCUCUCCUCUGCCAGCAGUAGGCUCCCAUGCUUAUCCUACAAUCCACAUGUGAGAGGAAUGUCCUGAAUUCCCCUGCCCAAUAUACGCACAUGCAUACGCGCACACACCAGCAGACACUCCUAUCCAAGGCCUGCUCUUGUGGAGGAUUCAUAGAGCCUGACCUUGCACAGCUGCAGGACAGCUGCUGUACAAAGGGGGAGGUCUUCUCUCUGAGGAAAAUUGUAACAGAGUGAGCAGCCUGUGUUUAGAUAUUUUGGGCUGCUACAAAGAGGAGACACUCAUCUGAUGCUUUAGUCAUUGGUGUGAACCAGGUCUGUUCCUGUCCAGUAAGAAUACCUGAAUUUCAUGAAUUUUAGGAUUAGCACUCUGCCUGCUGCUUCUGUCAUACCAGAGGUCCUCUCACAGUAUCUUCUGUAAAUGUUAUUCAGAAAUUAAAUAUAAUCUACCAGAGAUAACAUUUGAAUGAACAUUCACACCAUGACUGUUGAUCCCUCUUUCAGAGGGAGUGAGAGUUGGGGCCAAAUCAGUGAUAUGGGCAGAAUUUGGAAGCAGCAGCUACAAUUAGAACACAACCCCGUUCCAUGUUAUGAAAGGUUGUAAAUUCCCCAGUUUGUAAAUGCCCAAAGUUAGUAUCUGUUUCUUUAAGAACACUAAGCCAUGGAUAAAUUUUGCAGCUGUGGGCAUUGAUACAGUUCCUACCCUGGUGGCCUUAAAAAAAAGAAAAAGACACCCUUGGACUAUUCAGCCUACUGUUCACUACCUUUUUUGCAAAAUAUCAAUAUCAAGCCUUUUCUAGUCUGGUUGCAUU